AUGGGCGUCCCUCGAGGCUUUUUCCGUGCACGCAUGCUGCUCGGCGCCCUGAUCAUUGCCUCAUUUCUCAUCUGGAAUCACUCGCAAUGGACCCUUAGCGCUAGCCGCUCCGCCUCCGAUUACAGCCUCGGCAGCUCCACACAGGCCCCUCCAGACUUGACAGCAGGGCACCAAAGAUUUUGGAGGACCUUUCAUGGAUACUUGGAGAAAUACGGGCCAGAUGUCAAUGCCGUUGUUGAAGAUGAGAAGGCCCCGACCGAGGGCUUCAAAGUGAAGGAUGCAGCGCCGCGCCCGGACUACGUGAAGGUUGCUUCAGAGGAUGUCACAACAAUGAAGGAGGCGCAUACUGGAUUUGUGGCAGCGAUCGCAAGCUCACCACCCCAGCUACAGUAUAUCCCAGGGACUAGGGGUCUGGUAUCAACCGCUGGCGGUUCUUACCUGCCGGUCUUGGUCAUCUCACUACGCAUGCUUCGCCGAACAGGAUCGACAUUACCAAUGGAGGUCUUCUUAGCAGACGAAAAUGAGUACGAAGACUACAUUUGUGAUACAGUCUUGCCAUCGCUGAAUGCGCGAUGCAUUGUGCUAUCCCGAAUUCUGGUAGCAGCACCCGCAAAGAUCGAAAAAUAUCAGUUCAAGCCUUUUGCGAUGCUUUUCUCCUCGUUCGAGGAGAUCCUGUUCCUGGAUGCAGAUGCAUUCCCUCUUGAGCAGCCUGAAGCUUUGUUCAAGGGUGAGCCCUUCCGCACUAAGAACAUGGUCACCUGGCCCGACUUCUGGGCAUCCUCGGCUUCGCCUCUGUUCUAUGAGAUUACCGGUACACCCGUUCCCGACAUGAACCUGCGCCAAUCUACAGAGUCUGGCGAAGUUCUCAUUUCCAAGAAAACCCACAUGCGUACACUUUUGCUUUGCACAUACUAUAACUAUUGGGGUCCCUCACACUACUAUCCGCUCCUGUCGCAAGGAGCGGCCGGCGAGGGUGACAAGGAAACAUUUGUUGCAGCUGCGACUGCAAUGAACGAGCCGUUUUAUCAGGUUAGCGAGUCUCUCUGUGCGCUCGGCCAUAGGAAGGAAGGAGGUAUGGCAGGCUCUGCGAUGGCUCAGUUCAAUCCCAUGCAGGAUUAUGCGCUUACAAGCAGAGGGACUUGGCGCGUUCGCGGAGAUGACGCACCCGCCCCAGAUGUCUUUUUCAUUCACGCCAACUUCCCCAAAUUCAACCCAGCCACAGUCUUUGAAAAGCAUGAGGUCAACCCUGCAUUCCUUGACGACGGUACUUACACCCGUGCCUGGACGAUACCUGAAGAUGUUGUCGGUCGAUUCAGUGCCAAAGUCGAUAUCGAGAAAGCUUUCUGGCGGGAGAUUCUCUGGACGGCUUGCGAGCUUGAACACAAGUUUGUCUCAUGGGAUAAUUACAGAGGCAUCUGCGCUGGUGUUAAAGAUUACUGGCACAAUGUUUAUGAGUCUAAUGGACUUCCAACAUGA